AUGGAUCCAGACAAGGCCCAUCAAGAGACAUUACUGUCCAGUGGCAAAUCUGUACAAGACUCUGCACGACGCAGGUCAAACUUUUCUCUGUCUUUUGCCCUUCGUUCACCCAGAAACAGAGCCAGUGUACUCAACAUUGAUACACCAGAGCCACAAUGCCAGGAGAGACUUCACUAUCCCAUCUACAACCCACAAGAUCCUCGCCACAAUCCUUCAAGUGGACACCGUCAUGAUUCCCAAAAUUCUUCGUCAGACUCCCAAAAACAAGCACGUUGGGUUCAUGGCCUCCAAAAACGUUCCAUUCACAAGGUGCGAUCGGGAAUUGUUGCUUUGAGAGAAGGGUUCCUGCGCCUGUCGAGCUGGAACAAUGACGACAUUGACGAUACUGAUACUGGCUCUGUGCUCGAGGGUCCCCGAAACAAAAAGAGCGAAAAUAAGAAACGAGAUCAUGGCUUCUCAGGUAUCUCUGAUACCAGCACUCAGGAGGAUAUGAACUUUGGUGUUGGGAUAUAUCGCACGAAUUCGCCAUGGCCCUCGGCCUCCCGCGAGCCAAGUUCGACUCGCCUCGCCUCUUCUCUCGUAUUAACAGAUGUGUCGGUGCCAGAAGUGCAGGCACGCGGCGAAAAUUUGCACCAUCCAGAGCCUGGAUUAUUCCACCACGCGAAUUUUUUGACUGACGAGCUACCUCCGUACACUGAGAGCUACGACAAACCCUUCAUCGAUUACCUCGUAAACACGGAUGCAAAUGAGGAGAACCCGGUCUUUGACACAGAAAGGAGCAUUGACGAACAUGUCACUGAGCAUUUAGAUCAGUCUGAUGCAUCUGAUUGGGAGACGAUUGCAUCUGGGAAGGAGAGUGCUAGUUCUGUGAAUGGAGAUGUCUCCAAGGCUCGUGGACCGUGUGACACCGACAACACUCCUGCAGAACAGCGACAACCAGCCCAGGGAGCCUUUUCGGAUAUUCCAACAGCUACAAAACGGUCCAAAACUCCAGGCCUGCGUCGCAAGGGGACAAGAAAAGCCGACUGCCCGAUGUAUGAACAAGAGACAACGAAUAGAUCCACGGAUUCGUUCAAGCUGUCAGAUCCCGAUGCGCCAAGUAAUUACGAUUCAAGCAAGCAAGUUCACCCAAUUGCUACAAUAAGAGAUUCGGAAGCCCUGGUGACACAGGAGCCCCUGCGGAUUCAUCGUGAAAUGAAAAGUGCGGAGGCCGCUAUGUCUUCCAUUUCCAUGUCGAGCAAGUGUCCGGCUAACGUCAAGAUUGCCUUUCCUGGCCUUUACCACGCUUUGGUCGAGCAGUGGGAGAGUCACAACAACCUCAUCGUGGACAGCGCUGGGUUUGAAAAUAAUUCACCUCCUUCUCAGGUCUCGUCCGACGCUGUUGUGUCAGGGCAGCCUCAACCGCAACAUCUCAUCUAUCAUGAGUUGCCUUGGAGCUGUGAAAAUCGCACUCACGGACUAGCAACCAACACAUCUGGCGGCCACAAAACUGUGGGCUCAUCUCAGGUGCUUUCAUCUGGCGAACACAGCUUGAUAAGUAACGACGAUAUUUGGGCCCAAGCCGGCCGCUCUUCACGCUUCAGAACUACCAACUCAACACGCAGCUCGUCAACGGCGCACUCUCAUCCCCCAGCAGAGAUGUCGGCUUCCGAGGGACGCCACUCUUUUGGCCUUCACAUCGCCCAGAGAAUUGUGGGUGCUCCCAAGCUAUCCCCAGAUAUGAAACGUGACUGA